AUGUCAUCUAUGCACAACGAUGCCAGCUUCAGCGAUUCGGUAAGCCAUAAACUUUGUUUUUCGUUUUUAGAAAGAUUGUCAUACGUACUAACUUAGUUUUUGUUUGAGCUAAUGUUAUAUAUCAGAGCUAAACAAUUGAUGACAAAAAAAGGUUCUUAACAAAUAAUUUUAGGACGACUCGUACGAAAGAGUGUCAGUUGGUGACGCAGUUGAGGUUGAAGAAAAUGAAGUCCGUUCGUCUACGCGACUUUCGGAAUACCCAGUGGCCGACUCAACACCUCUAGAUGUAUCCCUGGAAAGCGGUGCUUCAGUCGAAGUUCUUGAACACCGUGAAGAAACCCAAACGGCAAAUUUAGAUUUGUCGACCGCUACGGCAAUCGAACUAGACGACUCAACGGCUACAGCUAUUGAGUUAGAUGAGAAUGAAGCUGGUAUUGAAAAAGAUAGUUCUACAGCUACAGCUGUAGAACUUGAUGAUACCGUAGCCGCUAUUGAAACUGAAAAUGAUGCUGCAACACGUGCACCGGGCGUUUUGAAGGUUAUUUAUAAUGCGAUGCUUUCCUUAGCCGCGCGGUCAGAUGAGGGCUUUUCUGUUGAUGACAACAUUGAAGAGGAACCUUUAAUGACCUCAACUGUAAAGGAAACGACUUUAAACACAAGUUCAACAAAAGAAGGCAGUGACAAUGUCAACGUUAUCGACGAUUUGGACGACACAAAAGACGGUGUAGCCGAACUACCGUCUACCGACUCUACUAAAGAAAGCUAUGAUGUAGUAAACGAAGAAAACUUUAACGCUGACCUCGAAAAAAACAUUUCAAAAACUGCCAGGUGGUUGUCAGAUUCUGAAUCCUUGUCUGUAGUAAGUUCGGAGCCUAUGUCGGUACCAUCAUCGUGUCCCAACAACACCAACUGCGAAUGUGAAUUUGAAGGCGAUACUAAAUGUAUGGUUGAAAUCAGUGAAAAAGUUGCAACUUUAAAUGAAAAGCUGGAUCAACUUGCUGAAGCUGUAAACGAUUGCCAAUUUAAUGAAGAAGAACCGUCAGAAGUUGGUCAUUCGGCGGCAGAAAGGCCCGUGGAAUCAUGCAAUGCAUUUGUGGUAAUAUUUUCAACAAUUUUUGAUUAUUUUGAAGCCGUAGAUUGUAGUUUGAGAAUGGUUUUGAUAUUUUAAACAUAUUUUCAAAGCAUUUUUAAUAUCAAAAUAAUUUUUCAGGUUUUCUUUAUUAUUUUAUUGCUGGUUGGUGGAAUGAUUUUGUGCUACAAAGCAGGUAAGAUAAAGUUUUUUAUUAGAUGCCGACAGAAAGAACCCACAUACUUUUUUAAGCUAAAUUUUGCAUUAUGUGUUUGGAAGUCCUUCUUACAUAAUAAAAAUACAAACAUACAAAACUUCCGUUUUAGACAUGAGCACAACAAAAAAUCAGCUCAAAGUUGCUGAAGGCCAAAUGAGUGAACUGCGCAGUGAAGUUGAGUUCCUUAAAAACACCAUACAACAGAUGAAAGAAGAGCAUAGUAGGAUGCAUGAAGAGAAGCUAAAGGAAAAUGAAAAACCGAAAAAAUCAAAGUGGUCCAACUUCAAAAUGCCAUCGUUCAAACUUCUAUCGUACGAAAGAUCGGUCUUCGAAGUGCCACUCAAUGUAGUCAGUUCGUUAAUCUUGGAUUAUGGUUUGCCUGCAGCCGGUAAGGUAGCAGAAACAUACAACCAAGUGUCAGACGGUGUGGAAAAAGUAUCCAAAUACAUUCCCUAUCCCGAGUUUACUACAGUAGAACGCAGCCAGGACAACCAGGUCAAAAAGCAUCCAUCUGUUUGUUUCAGUAACUUUGGUCCUGAAGGCAAGAAACGCUGUCUGGUUUUCAAAUUUUACAGUUUUUAA